AUGGUUGAUUUUCAUACCUAUAUAAAAGUAUCCAAACUUGUAUUUAUGAAAGAAAGCAAGAAAGCAAGAAAGAAAGAACCUUUAUUCUUCUUCUUCUAUGUUGCACGAGAUUUUCAUUUCUUUCGUUUUUUUUUUUUCGUUUUUUUUUUUUCGAUUUUUCAAGACACGCAUGAAUUCUUCAUCAUCGUCAUCACUUUAGUACCAAUGAUCAUGAUGAUGAUAUUGUGGAAACUACUACGUUUAUUCAUUAUUAUAAAAUCCAUUCAACUAAUUAUAAUUUAUUUUUCUCCAUGUCAAUUUGAUACUUCAUCUGAAUUAAUCAUUGAAAAUUUACCCAUAACAACAACAACAACAACAACAACAAAUUUUCCCAUCAUCAUCACUACCAUAUUAAAUAAAUUGAUAGUUUGGGAUUCAGUUUAUUUCAAUGAUUUAUUUAUUAAUCCUAUUCAAUUUGAACAUCAAUUUGUAUUUUGUCCUGGUUGGAUCCAAUUGAUCAAAUUCUUUAGUAGUAUUAGUAGUAGUAACAACAACAACAACAACAGUUAUUACACGGCUCAAUUAAUAAGUAUAAUUAUAUCCAAUUUAUGUCAUUUUGCCUCAGUGGUGGUAUUAUAUUAUUUAACUAAAGAAAUGGAUAUGAAAUUUGGAUUAAUGAGUAGUUUAUUAAUGAUUAUAUCACCAGCAGGAAUAUUUUUAACUACUAAUUAUAGUGAGAAUUUAAGUAAUUUAUUAACAUUAUUGAUGUUUUAUACAUAUUAUAAAUCAAUGAAUUUUAAUGAUAUUAAACAACCAAGUAAUAAAUCCAUAAUUAAUAUUUUUAUUUAUAUUCUUAGUGGUAUAAUUUGUGCCAUAAAUUUCACUAUUAGAGCCAAUGGAUUAUUUUUAGGAAUGAUUUAUCUUUUCGAUUUAUAUCAUUUCAUACAAAAUAAAUCUCCAUUACAAAUUAUUUUAUCUAUUAUUACCGGAUCAUUCUUAUUUUUAACAUUUUUAAUGACAAAUAUUUAUCAUUAUAUAAAAUUUUGUCCUGGUCGAAAUGAAUGGUGUAAUAAUAUUUUCCCAAGUUUAUUUCAAUUUGCUCAAUAUCAUUAUUGGAAUGUAGGAUUUUUAAAAUAUUGGACUAUUAAUAAUAUCCCAAAUUUUUUAUUAGUAUUACCAAUAUUAUUAUUUAAUAUUUAUUCAUUAAAUUAUAUGUAUCAAGAAUUACCUAAAAAUAGAAAAUUAUUACCAUUAAUUGUUAUAAAUGGAUUAAUAAUUAUUGGUGGUACAUUUUUUUGGAAUAUUCAAAUAUUAAAUCGAAUAACUAGUUUUUCUCCAUUGAUUUAUUGGACAUUAGCUUAUAAUUUGAAUAUGAAUAUGAAUAUGAAUAAAUUUUGGAGUAAAUAUGUUAUUGGUUAUUGUAUAUUAUGGAAUUUUAUUCAAACAGGAUUAUUUGCAGCAUUUUUACCUCCAGCAUAA